AUGGACACAUCGCCAAUCUAUUUCUGGGGUCAGGCCGGCGAAGAAGGCUACCUCUCCCAGUGGUGGGCCAGAGACCCCUUCACCUCCUCUUCGCCCCCCGUAACCUUCAAGACCGCGGAGCACUACAUGAUGCACGGCAAGGCCCUCCUCUUCGGCGACGCCGACGCCGCGCGGGCGGUCCUCCGGGCGGACAACCCGCGCAAAGCGAAGGCGCUCGGCCGCCGGGUGAGGGGCUUCGACGAGGCGCUGUGGACGUCCCAUAGGGAGCGCGUCGUCCGCGAGGGGAACCUGCUCAAGUUCCGCUGCGCGCCGGAGCUGCGGGAGAAGCUGCUGGCGACGGGCGAGCGGGAGCUGGUCGAGGCGAGCCCGCUGGACCGCGUCUGGGGCAUCGGGUUUGGCCCCGAGGAGGCACCGUCGACGGACCGGCACCUGUGGGGUCUGAACCUGCUCGGCAAGGUGUUGAUGGAGGUCAGGAAGGCGUUGAGGGAGGAGCAUGAGAUGCAGAGGGAGAGGAAGGAAGAGAAGAGCAGGGCUCGUGCGAAGAGGCAACGAGCCCAGGUGCAGGAUGUCGCGGGGCAGGGUGAGGAGUCAAGACGGAUGGCGGAAGGGGGAUAG